CAGAUUGCCGGCAUACCUGUAGAAUUCCCUUUUGAGCCGUACGCAUGCCAGCGCAACUACAUGGAGUCCGUUAUCAAGGCGCUACAAGAGGGCCGGAAUGCGCUGUUGGAGAGCCCCACAGGCACGGGAAAGACGCUAUGUCUGCUGUGUUCCACCUUGGCGUGGAGGGAGUCACUGAAGGUGGGCCGGACUAGCUGGAUGAGUGGCGGGGCUGGUAAGCCGGAGCUACCCAUCAUCAUUUACUCCAGCCGCACGCAUAGUCAACUGGCGCAAGUGAUGAAGGAGCUGCGGAACUCAAGCUAUAAGGACCGCGUUCGCUCCACGGUCUUGUCGUCCCGCCAGCAGACGUGUCUGCACCCCACUGCCAACAAGCUCAGCGGGGGGGCGGCUAACCAGGCGUGCAAGGCGCUGACAUCAGCCAGGAAAUGCAGCUGGCACAACCAGCUCAAGUUCGGCAAGUACCGCAACGCCGCCGCCUCCCUGGUCAGCUCCGUGCCCGACAUCGAGGAGCUGGUGACCGUGGGGAAAACACACGGGGUGUGUCCCUUCUUCCUGGGGAGGGACGCAGGCAAGGAGGCCGAUAUUGUGUUUUUGCCGUACAACUACCUCUUGGACCCGGCCACUCGCCGUACCAUGGCGGACAGCAUCAACUGGAAUAAUGCAGUGGUCAUCUUUGACGAGGCGCACAACGUGGAGAGUGUGAGCAGUGACGCGUGUUCCUUCGACAUCACCGCCAAACAGCUGACCGAUGCCAUGUUGGAGGCCAAGAGGUGGGCAGGAGGGGAGACAGCAGGGCGAAGGCAGGAGGGAAGGGAAGGCACGGAGCUAAACCCGCCUAUGUACGACGGCUUCAUGCACUCGUUCACGGUCGCCGCAUGGUGCCCGUUUCUUGUGUGUAUCGGCGGGCUGACCCGUCCCGGCUCCUUCCUGUUUGAGUUUCUUGGCCAGCUAGGUAUCACGGCACACAGCCUGUCGGCCCUCAACGGCGCCAUCGAUGCGGCUGCGGACACCCUGGCCGCGGCGGAUUCGUGCCUCAACUUGGCCUUCUCCACCCUGGAGCCCCUCACGGACAGGCCGGGAGCGCCCCCCGCACACAAGGGCUUCAGAGUGCAUGUGCACAUGCAGAAGUCAUGGGGGGCGGACAAGCUGCCCGCACCCACGCUGUCGUACUGGUGCUUCAUACCCGGAAUGGCCUUCAGGCGCCUGGCGGCUCUCCGCCUUCGUUCCUUCCUGCUGACCAGCGGCACUCUGAGCCCCAUGGACAGCUUCGCCGGGGAGCUGCAGAUCCCCUUCCAAGUGAGGCUGGAGAACCCGCACGUCAUUGAGCCCAGCCAGGUGUGGGUGGGUGUGCUGCCCACCGGCCCCAGCGGUGCCCCCCUGAACUCCACAUACGCCUCCCGCGACUCGGCCACUUACAAGGACGAGUUGGGCAAUGCGCUGGUCAAUGUGGCCCGACUGGUGCCGGACGGCCUGUUGGUGUUCUUCGCCUCGUAUGCCGCCAUGGACAGCGCCAUAAACCACUGGAAGCAAAACGGAGGUGCUGGCGGCGUGGGCAGUACCUGGGAGCGCAUCGUACGGCAUAAGGCCCCUGUGGUGGAGCCCCGGGAGUCCUCCGCCUUUGGAGCCGCCAUUGAGGAGUUCCGGUCAAAACUGGACGACCCAGCCACCCAGGGUGCCGUAUUCUUUGCGGUGUGCAGAGGCAAGGUCAGUGAGGGUCUGGACUUCAGUGACCGGGCCGGUCGCGCGGUGGUCAUCACCGGCAUACCGUACGCCGUGAAGAACGACCCUAAGGUCCGUCUCAAGCGCGACGUGUUGGACGAGGAGGCCCGGGCCCUGUCCAGCGGUUCCAGUGCUCUGGCGGGGGAGGGGGUGGAGCCGCUGACCGGGGAGGCCUGGUACACGAACACGGCUAUGCGCGCAGUGAACCAGGCCAUGGGCCGAGUCAUCCGCCACCGCUACGACUACGGGGCCAUACUGCUGGCGGAUGACCGCUUCAGGAACCCAAACACACAGCGCAACAUGAGCCGAUGGGUACGGGAACACGUGGUGGUGUACGACCGCUUUGGUACGGCAUCCGCCUCGCUCACAAAGUUUUUCAAG